ACCCUCAGAGGCCGGCCUCUUCGACCUGCGACCAGAGAUGCUGGCGUGGCUCCACGACACCAAGUUGGAACUCUGACGUUACACGUGAGAGAGAGAGAGAGAGAGAGAGAGAGAGAGAGGCAACGUCAUUCGCCGAUUUAGACGUGCUGGCGUUCAAGGUGGUGUCGCUCCUGCAGCUUUGGACCCCGGACGCAGACCGAAGCAUAUCUGUGCCGCAGCCCUCUCAGUCAAGUCUGAAGAGGCCUGCCUUCAACCUGUCCGUCUUUGGUACUUCUGCCAAUUCGACGCUGAAUUCCAGCCAUCUGGGAGAUUCCCCCUUUUACCCCGGCAAGACCACAUAUGGCGGGGCGGCUGCUGUCCGAAGUGCACGCACACGCCCCGGAACGCCGUACCAUGCCCCGGUGAGGAGGCAGAUUAAAGCCAAGCAGGCUGGCGCGCAGCCCUGCGGGGUGACCAGCGCCACGGCCCGACGUAUCCUGGAGUCUUUGGGGCGCAUGUCCAGUCCUCUGGCAGAUGCCAAGUGGAUCCCAGCAGCAGAAAGUGCAGCAUCCUACUCAACGUCAGUGGAUAACGGCGAUCUUGAUGUGUCACAUUUGCAGGCCAAAAAGAAACGGCACGAUUCCAAUCUCCCGCCGGUGCAAAAGCUGGUGGUCCCCACCGCUGUUAUUGGCUCGUCAAACCACACUGUCUCCUUCAGGCCCAGUUUGACUCCAGGCGGGCCGAUACGCACUCUGGACCAGGUGCCCAGAGACAAGCCCACAAAACAAUCACCCCCGCUACCCGAUCGAAGCCCCGCGGGCCCAUCUCAAAGCACAAUUGGGUUCAGUGGUGGAGUCUAUCCCAUGUCUAGCACACCUACUCCCAGCAGCUCCGGAGGUGGUAAGAUGAAGACUGAGCGCAAGAUCACGCGGGUGUCCUCCAAACGCAUGGAGGAUGACAACGUACGCACCAGAACUGUCGAAAUUACUUUGUUGAUUUUGUCACCGCCAAACAACACCGAAUAAUCAAUAAUUAGCAAACAGUGACUUUAAUUAUAUUUGCUUAAUGGAUACAGUGCCUUGCAAAAGUAUUUGGGCCCCCUUGAACCUUUCAACAUUUUGCCACAUUUCAGAGUUCAAACAUAAAGAUAUAAAAUUGUAUUUUUUUGCCUAGAAUCAACAACAAGUGGGACACAAUCGUGAAGUGGAACAAAAUUUAUUGGAUAAUUUAAACUUUUUUAACAAAUCUAAAACUGAAAACUGGGGCGUGCAAUAUUAUUUGGCGCCUUUACUUUCAGUGCAGCAAACUUACUCCAGAAGUUCAGUGAGGAUCUUUGAAUGAUCCAAUGUUGUCCUGAAUGACUGAUGAUGAUAAAUAGAAUGCACCUGUGUGUAAUCAAGUCUCCGUAUAAAUGCACCUGCUCUGCUGUCUCUGGGUUCUGUUUGAAGUGCAGAGAGAACCAUGCUCCGAGAUACUGUUGUGGAGAAGUUUAAAGCCGGAUUUGGAUACAAAAAGUUUUCCCAGGCUUUAAACAUCUCAAGGAGCACUGUGCAAGCAAUUAUAUCGAAAUGGAAGGAGUAUCAGACCACUGCAAAUCUACCAAGACCCGGCCGUCCCUCCAAACAUUCAUCUCAAACAAGGAGAAGACUGAUCAGAGAUGCAGCCAAGAGGCCCAUGAUCACUCUGGAUGAACUGCAUAUAACUACAGCUGAGGUGGGAGAAAUCUGGCCUUUAUGGAAGACUGGCAAGAAGGAUGUCCUAUUCGGCUAUGCAGCUUCACAUUUCUCCAGGUCUUUGAGGUCCCGGAUAAGCAGGACCCUAGCCUCCUCACCAAGUGAACCAUUUGUGCGAAUCCAGAGUUUACAGUCUCUUGUCCAUGUUGAAUACAUUUUCUUUUGUUUCUUCAGGACCCUCGCACGUUUGGCUAUUUCGGCGUUCCUCUUCGUAAGGUGUUCGUUCGCAUACACCUGUGUUCUUCAGUUUCCUUUCUUGUUUCAAAAUCUCCGUUUUGUGUCUUCUGUUUACAAAUCUCAGAAUGAUCUCUCUGGUUGUGCAUUUCUUUUGGGAAGUGUGUGGCAGGCAGCGAUAUUGAUGUCAUUUAUGUUAAAGAACUGAAUCACCUGUUCCUCCAGCGACUGCUUUUCUCCCUCAGUCAAGUCCUCCUCGUUGUUCUCUCCUCGGGUGACGUUGGAGUAUGUGCGGUGUGUUGUUUUCAGACCGCUGAUGAUCACGUCCUCUUUCCGUAUAUAUUCCUCCAACUCGUCAACUCUCUUUUCCAACUCCGCAAUUUUCUCGUCCUUCAGCGCGAGUAGUUUGGUUAGUUUCCUCACAUCUUCAACAAGACCACUUAAUUUUCCACCAUUCCGUCCAUUUUCAAGGCCAUCUUAAUCCCAUUUUUAUCGUCGUCACUACCUUGGGACGCGCGCCUCCUUCUUCGCCGCCACCGGUCCGCCAGCUUUCAAUUAAGUCACUCCGGCGUUCCAGGAGAAUUGUUUGGUGCUCAAGGUUUUGUUGAUUU